CUUCCUGGUUGAGCUCCAGAAGGCGGAGUACUAACAGGUCAGAGUUUCUUUAAGCCAUUCCUGUCUCUCCUGGCAGAACUUUUUUAUCCUGGCGUGGAUUCUACCUGUUUCACAAGAUGUUUUUCAUUUAAGUCAGUUUAGUUUUUGUGAGAUGAAGCGAGGGGAAUGGAUUUGUACGCCUGUACGGGACAGCUCGCGCGGGAUCCUACUGUAUCAGGAAGAGUUUUAAGACCCAAGGAGUGUAUCGAGUGAUCACGAAAAAAUUACCGCAGCACGGCCACAACUUAUUAGUGUUUUUAUUUAUUUUUUAUUUAUUUAUUUUUUUUAAUGAGUGCAUCGCUUUUCUAACACCAACACGAUGUCGGAUUCUAUGUCAAGUUUCCUUCACAUAGGGGACAUUGUGUCUCUCUAUGCAGAAGGUACAGUUAAUGGCUUUAUAAGCACUCUGGGGUUGGUAGAUGACCGCUGUGUUGUGGAACCAGCAGGUGGAGACCUGGAUAACCCUCCCAAGAAAUUUAGAGACUGCUUGUUCAAGAUUUAUCCGAUGAACCGCUAUUCUGCCCAGAAGCAAUACUGGAAAGCAAAGCAGGCCAAACAUGAGAAAGACAAGAUUGGCGACCUUGUACUUCUUCAAAAACUGCAGCAUGCCUCCAAUCUGGAACAGAAGCAGAAUGAAGCAGAAAAUAAAAAGGUCCAUGGUGAUGUAGUUAAAUACGGCAGCGUUAUUCAGCUAUUGCACAUGAAGAGCAAUAAGUAUCUGACAGUUAACAAGCGCUUGCCGGCUCUGCUUGAGAAAAACGCCAUGAGGGUCAGUCUGGAUAGUACGGGUAAUGAAGGAGCCUGGCUGUUCAUCCAGCCGUUCUGGAAGCUCAGAGCAAAUGGAGACAAUGUGGUGGUUGGUGAUAAAGUCAUUCUGAACUCAGUUAAUGCUGGACAGCCUCUUCACGCCAGCAACUAUGAGCUCCUUGACCACACUGGAUGCAAAGAGAUCAACUCUGUAAAUGGCAACACUAGCUGGAAGAUCAGCCUGUUUAUGAUGUUCAAUGACCACAGAGAUGAAGUUCUUAAAGGAGGUGAUGUUGUCCGACUUUUCCAUGCCGAGCAAGAGAAGUUUUUGACCUGUGAUGCCUACAAGGGCAAGCUGCAUGUCUUUUUGCGCACAACAUUGCGUCAGUCGGCUACGUCAGCCACCAGUUCUAAUGCAUUAUGGGAAGUGGAGGUGGUUCAUCAUGACCCGUGUCGAGGAGGAGCAGGACACUGGAACAGUCUCUACCGUUUCAAACAUCUGGCCACAGGCCAGUAUCUUGCAGCAGAGGAAAACCCAGGAUACAAAGGAGAUGUCCCUGAAGUACAACCAGCGGACACCAGUCGCAACAGCAAGAAGAGCCUGGGAGAAUGGAUUAAAUAUAAACUUGUUGCAGUGCCUCAUGGAAAUGACAUUGCCUCUCUAUUUGAACUGGACCCCACAACGUUGCAGAAGACUGACUCAUAUGUCCCAAGAAACUCCUAUGUACGUUUCCGACAUCUUUGCACAAACACGUGGAUCCAGAGCACAAAUGUGCCCAUUGACAUUGAUGAAGAGAGGCCCAUUCGCCUGAUGCUAGGAACUUGUGCCACUAAAGAGGACAAAGAGGCAUUUGCCAUCGUCUCUGUGCCCACCAUGGAAAUUCGAGAUCUUGACUUUGCUAACGAUGCCAGUGCCAUGUUGAGCACAGUGGUGGAGAAACUGAAUGCUGGGUAUCUCUGUCCAAAUGAUAGGAGAUAUGCCAUUAAGUUGCUGGAAGACCUUGUGUUUUUUGUGGUGGACCAGUCGAACACCGGGCAGCCUGUGCUGGAUGUGGUGAUGCUCAAAGCCAACCGUGAGAGACAGAAACUAAUGCGGGAGCAGCAUAUUAUUAAACAGAUAUUUGGGAUAAUUAAGACUCCGUUUAAAGAAAGAGGAGAAGAACCCCCUUUGUUGAAAUUGGAGGAACUAGCUGAUCAGAAGAAUACUCCAUAUCAGUACAUGCUUCGGUUGUGCUACAGAAUCCUUCGCCACUCCCAGGAGGAGUACCGUAAAAACCAGGAGGACAUAGCCAAGCAGUUUGGCUUAAUGCAGUCUCAGAUCGGCUAUGACAUUCUGGCUGAGGACACGAUCACAGCCCUGCUGCAUAAUAACCGCAAGCUACUGGAGAAACACAUCACUAAAACUGAGGUUGAGACCUUUGUCAACCUGGUGCGCAGAAACAGGGAGCCCAGGUUUCUGGACUACUUGUCAGACCUGUGUGUAUCAAAUUAUGUUGCCAUCCCAGUGACACAGGAGCUGAUCUGCAAGUGUGUGCUAGAUCCCCAAAACCAGGAUAUUCUAAUCAAAACAGAACGACGCCCUGCUAAGGCUAGCCAUCACACGUCUGAAUAUAUAGAGGACUAUACAGAGGAAAAUGAGGUAUGGUUGGUCUGGACUGAUAAAUCCAGUGAGACUCAUGCAAAAAGCGUUCGUCAGCUUGCACAUGAGGCGAGACAAGGAAAUACACAUGAUGAGAGUGUGCUGACAUACUACAGGUAUCAGCUGAAGCUGUAUGCUCAGAUGUGUUCAGACCGUCAGUAUCUGGCUAUUGAUGAGAUCUCAAAGUAUCUGGAUGUGGAUCUGAUUUUCCUCUGCAUGAUGGACGAGACUCUUCCAUAUGACCUGCGUGCCUCUUUCUGUAGACUGAUGCUGCAUGCCCAUGUAGACCGUGACCCCCAGGAGCUUGUGACUCCCGUGAAGUAUGCGCGGCUCUGGACUGAGAUCCCCACCUCCAUCAGCAUCAAGGAUUAUGAUUCUCAUAUGGACUACUCAAGAGACAACAAGAAGAACAAGUUUGCAAACACCAUGGCUUUUAUGGAGGAGUAUCUCAACAACGUUCUUAAUGAUGUCUUGCCUUUUGCUGAUGAAGAGAAAAAUAAAUUAACAUAUGAGGUGGUGAACCUAGCCAGACAUCUGAUCUACUUUGGCUUCUAUAGCUUCUUUGAGCUGUUACGUCUGACACGCACACUUCUGGGUAUCAUUGACUGUAUUCCCAACACUGCGGUAGCCGCUCCUACGUUCAGUGAUGAUGGCACCAGUAAGAAUAUCCGCCGCUCCAUCCAUGGAAUGGGCCAGAUGAUGUCCACCAUGGUGCUGAGCAGAAAGCAGUCCAUGAUGCUUACUGGUGGCCGUAACAUGAUGGAAGGUCAGGCGGGCACUAAGGACAGUAUUGACAACCAGGACGUCACAGUCAUGGACACCAAACUGAGGAUUCUGGAAAUUUUACAGUUCAUCCUGAAUGUGCGACUGGACUACAGACUCUCCUUCAUGCUCUCCGUCUUUAAGAAGGAGUUUGUGGAGCUGUAUCCCAUGGCAGAUGCAGAUGCAACCUCAGCGAUGGAGAAUGCAGCAACCAUCAACCUGCAGUUCAUAGGAGAACAGGCAGAGGCCAUGUUUGGAGUUGGGAAAGCGAACAGCAUAUUAGAAGUAGAUGAUGAGGGAGGACGGAUGUUUCUGCGUGUACUGAUUCAUCUCAUCAUGCAUGAUUACCCUCCACUGGUCUCUGGGGCACUGCAGCUCCUCUUCAAACACUUUAGCCAGAGACAGGAAGUCCUACAAACCUUUAAACAAGUCCAGCUCCUAAUUUCUGAGCAGGAUGUGGACAACUACAAGCUCAUCAAAAGCGAUUUGGACCGUUUGCGCACCAUAGUAGAAAAGUCCGAGCUCUGGGUGGUCAAGAAAAGCGGCUCAGACAAGAAGAAAGACAAGAAGAAAGAUAAAAAAGACAAGGAUGAUAAAAAAGACAAGGAGGAGAAACAAACCAAGGAUGAUAAAAAAGACAAGGAUGAUAAAAAAGUCAAGGAAGAGAAAAAGGAUAAGGAUGGAAAAAUGGACAAGGAAGAGAAAAAAGACAAAGAGGGAAAGAAGGACAAGGAAGAGAAAAAGGAUAAAAAAGAUACGGCCUCCGCUGAAACCGCUGACCCCGGCCCUUCCAAAGAAAAACUUGAGAAGAGCAAUGAAAGCUAUCAAAAUGUCAAGGAGAUCCUAGAGCGCUUAAAUAAGAUGUGCAGCUCUGGGGUGUUUAAGAAGCAGCAAAGGCUUCUGAAAAACAUGGGUGCACAUAAAGUCAUGUUGGACCUGCUGCAGGUCUCUUAUGACCGGAGUGACAAGAAAAUGCAAGAGCUCAUUAAGUUCACCCACCUUUUCCUGCAGAAGUUCUGCACUGGAAACCAAGAAAAUCAAGUUCUCCUCCACAAACAUCUUACCCUCUUUCUUACCCCUGGAGUUCUGGAAGCAGAGACAAUGCAACAUAUCUUCAGUAAUAACUACCAGCUUUGCACAGAGAUCAGUGAGAAUGUCCUCCAGCACUUCAUGAAAUGCCUGGCCACUCAUGGGCGCCAUGUGCAGUACCUAAACUUUCUGCACACCAUCAUCAAAGCUGAGGGGAAGUAUGUGAAGAAAUGCCAAGAUAUGAUCAUGACAGAGUUAUCAAAUGCAGGUGAUGAUGUUGUGGUCUUCUACAAUGAUAAUGAGUCUUUUGCCAAAAUGCUGGACCUCAUGAUUGAGUCAAGAGAAGGGGUGCAGGAGAACAGCCCACUCUGCUACCAUAUUUCUCUGGUGGAGCUGCUGGCUGCAUGUGCUGAGGGCAAAAAUGUCUACACUGAAAUCAAAUGCACCUCACUGCUGCCUUUGGAGGACAUUGUUAGAGUCGUCACACAUGAGGACUGCAUCACAGAGGUGAAAAUUGCCUAUGUAAAUUUCGUCAACCACUGCUAUGUGGAUACAGAGGUGGAAAUGAAGGAGAUCUACACCAGCAACCACAUAUGGAACCUAUUUGACAAUUUUCUCAUAGACAUGGCUAGGAUGUGUAUUAACCGUGAGAAGCGCCUGCAAGACCCAGUGCUGGAGAAGUAUGUCAUACUGGUUGUGCUGGAUACUAUAAAUGCCUUCUUCAGCUCACCUUUCUCUGAAAAUAGCACCUCUCUACAGUCUCAUCAUGAUAUGGUGAUAAAGUUGCUGCAGUCUACAAUGCGCCUGAUGGACUGUUCCUGGCUUCAGGCCCAGCAAAAGACACUAGUGGACGGCUGCAUUCGAACUCUAUCUGUGACUGCUAAGACCCGAUCAAUCUGUCUGCCGGUGGAUUUAGAAGCUCUUGUAAAUGUGAUGCUGAACAACAAUUCAGUGAAUGCUCUGGCCCGUGCCAACCUCAACUACAAGAGUAGCACUCGAUCUACGCGACCUACUGGCUCCAGCAACCCAUGGGACUAUAAAAACAUCAUUGAGAAGCUGCAGGAUGUCAUUAACACACUGGAGGAUCGGUUAAUGCCACUGGUUAAUGCAGAGUUGUCUGUAUUAGUGGACGUCCUACACCAGCCUGAGCUGCUCUUUCCAGAGGGCUCUGAUGCUCGUAACCGUUGUGAAUCUGGAGGCUUCAUUUCCAAACUAAUUCAGCACACCAAAGCCCUGAUGAGCUCUGAUGAGAACCUCUGCAUCAAGGUGCUUAAGACACUACAGGAGAUGCUCAUUCGCAACAUGGACUUUGAUGAGAAGGGGAUAUCCUUGAGAAAGGUGUUGCUGCAAAAUUACCUCUUUAACAAAAAGACCAUGAAAGCUGAUCUUGUUGAACAUGGAGCUGGAGGUGCAGAGGCAGAGAGAGACUGGGCUGCUGUGGCUGCAAUACAGUGUCGUCUGGAUAGAGAAGGUGGCACUAAACUGUUUACAGACAUCAUUACAAGCUCCAAAAAUGAGAAAAUCUUCCAGGAGAGCAUCCAGCUAGCCAUCUGUCUGUUAGAGGGAGGCAACACUGAAAUACAGAACUCCUUUUACAAACUAAUGAUGGGGGACAACAAGUCUGAGAAGUUCUUUAAAGUCUUCUAUGAUCGUAUGAAAACUGCACAGUUGGAUGUCAAAGCCACCACCUCAGUCAAUGUGGGUGAAAUGAGCCACAAAGCCAAAGAUGAAAAAGAUCUGGAACCAGGAGCCCAUGCAGCAUAUCCAGCAGGAGAAGCAGCCCAAUAUGGCCAGAAUGCCACUGCCCUGGCUCCAGCUAACCAGGCUAAGCAGCAGGAGGUGGACACUGAGAUGGGCCCCUCUGUCUUGAUCAUGAAGCCUAUUCUACGCUUUCUUCAACUGCUCUGUGAAAAUCACAACCAAGACUUACAGAAUUUCCUUCGCUGUCAGAACAACAAGACAAAUUAUAACCUGGUCUGUGAGACACUUCAGUUCUUGGACAUCAUGUGUGGGAGCACUACAGGGGGCCUGGGCCUACUGGGUCUCUACAUCAAUGAGAACAAUGUAGAGCUGAUCACACAGACAUUGGAGACACUCACAGAGUAUUGCCAGGGACCAUGUCAGGAGAACCAGACAUGCAUCGUAACUCAUGAGUGCAACGGAAUUGACAUAAUCACUGCCUUGAUUUUGAAUGACAUUAGCCCUCUAUGCCGCUACCAGAUGGAGUUGGUGCUCCAGCUUAAGGACAACGCCUCCAAACUAUUACUUGCUCUAAUGGAGAGCCGGCAUGACAGUGAGAAUGCAGAGAGGAUUCUGAUUAACCUUCGACCCGCGGAACUGGUUGAAGUGAUAAAGAAGGCUUAUCUGCAGGAGACUGAUUGUGAGGAUACAGAGGUGUCACCCAGGGAAGUCGGUCACAACAUUUACAUCCUGGCACUACAGUUGGCACGACACAAUAAGACUCUCCUUAAUCUGUUGAAACCACCAAAAAAGACAAAAGAAGAGCUUGAGGAGGGCAUCUCAUCUAUGCUUAGUCUGAACAACAGAGGAUUCUCACAAAUGCUGAAGUCCUCAGCUCCAGCACAGGUUAAUCAGGAAGAGCCACUGGAGUUUUAUGCCAAACACACUGCACAGAUCGAGAUAGUUCGUGAGGAUCGCAGCAUGGAGCAAAUUGUGUACCCUGUUCACCCCAUCUGUGAGUACCUGACAGAAGAGUCGAAGGUCCGCGUCUUCACCACCACAGAGCUUGAUGAGCAGGGCAGCAAGGUCACACACUUUUUUGAGCAGACCUCCUUCCUGCAUAAUGAGAUGGAGUGGCAGAAGAAGCUACGCAGUAUGCCAGUGCUGUUCUGGUUCUCUGGGCGCAUGUCAGUAUGGGGCAGCAUCUCAUUCAACCUGGCUGUCUUCAUCAACCUCAUCAUUGCCUUAUUCUACCCAUUUGAAGAUGGCCAAACUUCCAUUGAUUCUUCAAUAUUGUACAUGUUGUUCUGGAUCUUUUCUGGCCUGUCUGCUUUGGGUCUGUUGUCUCAUCGCUAUGGACCACAGCUUGUCUCUGUGGCUGCCAUCCUGCGCAGCAUCUACCACUUUGACAUUGGCCCUACUCUCUUCCUGCUUGGAAUGAUCAACCUCAUCAAUAAGAUUGUGUACGUUGUGAGCUUUGUGGGUAAUAAUGGUACAUUUAUCAUGGGUUACAAAGCCAUGGUGAUGGAUGUAGAGUUUCUGUACCAUCUGGGCUACGUGUUCACCUGCACACUAGGACUUUUUGUCCAUGAGCUCUUCUACAGCCUUAUGUUAUUUGACCUGAUCUACCGUGAGGAAACCCUUUUCAAUGUCAUCAAGAGUGUGACGCGUAAUGGACGCUCCAUUCUCCUGACUGCAGUGUUGGCCAUCAUUCUGGUCUACCUCUUCUCCAUUGUGGGAUUUCUUUGCCUCAGAGAUGACUUCAUCAUGGAGGUGGAUCGUUUACCUUCUGCUGAUGCAGAUUCUGGGGGGAGCUGCGGUGCAGAUGGAGUGGAUUGCAAUGAAGAAACUGGACUUAUAGCAACAUCAGAUGAAGAAGAUAACACAGAGCGAGCGUGUGACACACUAUUUAUAUGUAUAACCACUGUGCUGAAUCAUGGCCUACGGAAUGGUGGAGGUGUAGGAGAUGUCCUACGCAAACCCUCAAAAGAUGAGCCGCUGUUCCCUGCACGUGUGAUAUACGAUCUUCUCUUCUACUUUAUUGUCAUCAUCAUUGUACUGAACUUGAUCUUUGGUGUGAUUAUUGACACCUUUGCUGACCUGCGUAGUGAGAAGCAGAAGAAAGAGGAGAUCUUGAAGACCACCUGCUUCAUCUGCGGUCUUGAGAGGGACAAGUUUGACAAUAAGACAGUGUCUUUUGAGGAGCACAUCAAAUUAGAGCACAACAUCUGGAACUACCUUUACUUCAUUGUACUUGUGCGGGAGAAGAACAAAACUGAUUACACUGGCCCAGAGAGCUAUGUGGCCCAUAUGAUAAAGAACAAGAACCUAGAUUGGUUCCCACGCAUGCAGGCCAUGUCUCUGGUUGUGACUGAAGGAGAAGGGGAGCAGAAUGAGAUGAGGAUCCUACAGGACAAACUCUCGAACACCAUGAAAGUGGUCACACACCUCAGUGGCCAGUUAACGGAGCUCAAAGAACAGAUGACAGAGCAAAGGAAAAGGAGGCAGAGGAUGGGCUUUGUGGAUGUCCAGACCGGCUCCAAUAACGCAAUGGUGCCCCCUAGUGCUGCAGGAGGAAACAUCAAGGCUUAAUGUGCACUGUUAAUUCUACCAGCUCAUCAUAGUUGGGGAUUUUACUGACUUGAUAAGGUUUUUGAAUGUAUGCAUUAAUGCAGUCAGAUUUCAUUAACUACUUGUGUAAAAUGCGACAGAAUGUUACAGUUAUGACUGGGUUUUAUGGUUUUAUGGUAAAAGAAUAUAGCAUUUUCAUAUGUUUUGUUUGGUCAUAUUUUAAUGUAAUGAAAUAUUUGUAAUAUAUUUUGGUAUAAUUUUAUUAAUUAACUUAUACAUUUGUGCCAGCUUGUGAAAAGUGCCUAAGGCUGCAAUGGUCAUGUGAUAAUUUUUCUUGAUGCACCUGUUUAACAUGAAUUAGAGUUAUCAAAAAGGGUAAUGGGACAGAAUGUACAUAGCUAUUUAAUAAUGUAUUUAAGAUUAGACUAUGUUUUCUCAUUUUUUUCUUAAAUUUCUACAUACAUUUUUAAAAACAAACAAACAAACAAACAAAAAAAGCAAAAUUAUUUACAUGUAGUUCAUUUUUAUAUGGGAAGUGGGAGCAAUGUAUAAAAAAGAAGAAUUUAAUAAAACCAAGU